AUGGCUACGCCGCCUGUCCGACAAUGGGGUGUUACACCCCCGAUCUCGACUGUCCUGCCAACCAAAGAUGAAAUCUCCGCGAAUGACGAUCUUAUCGCCGAACUCAAGGCUCAGAACAACUUUGAGCUGCCGACUGAAACGGAACGGAGAAAACAAGUGCUCCAGUUGCUUCAGCGUGUUACAGUGGAAUUCGUUCAAGUUGUCAGUCGCAAGAAGGGACUGUCUCCGGCUGCUGUCGAAGCCUCCGGCGGUAAAAUUUUCACCUAUGGAAGUUAUAGAUUGGGUGUAUAUGGACCAGGCUCCGAUAUUGAUACGUUGGUCGUCGGACCCAAGCAUGUUGUGAUCGAUGAUUUCUUCGCCGAAUUUCCUCCCAUCCUGCAGCGAAUGGCCUCCGAGGGAGCUAUUGAGAAAAUGACCCCUGUGCCGGAUGCGUUCGUUCCAAUUAUCAAGCUCGAGCUGUGCGGAAUUAGUAUCGAUUUGAUUUUUGCUCGUUUGGUAGUUCCUGCGAUCCCUAUGAACUUGGAUCUGAAGAACAACGAUUAUCUCAGGGGACUGGACGAAAGAGAGGUGCGGUCGCUCAAUGGAACUCGUGUGACAGAUGAGAUUUUGGAGCUUGUCCCCCAACAAAAGACAUUCCGUCUUGCAUUGCGUGCAAUCAAACUCUGGGCCCAACGGCGAGCGAUUUACUCGAACAUUGUCGGGUUUCCGGGUGGUGUCGCGUGGGCGAUGCUGGUGGCACGAGUUUGUCAAUUAUACCCGCAAGCAACUGGCUCCGUCAUUGUGGGGAAGUUUUUCCGAAUUAUGAACAAGUGGAACUGGCCGCAGCCUGUCUUGUUGAAACAGAUCGAGGAUGGACCGCUCCAGAUCAAGGUCUGGAACCCCAAGAUUUACCACGGUGAUCGAUUCCAUCUUAUGCCCAUCAUCACUCCUGCAUACCCCUCUAUGUGCGCAACCCACAACAUCAGUUUGUCCACCAAGGCCGUGAUUCUCAGGGAAUUACAGCGAGGUGGUGAUAUGGUUGACAAGAUUUUCAUGAAGCAGCUCUCAUGGGAGGACCUAUUCGCCCGCCAUACCUUCUUUACCCAGGACUACAAGUAUUAUCUUAGCAUCACUGCUUCUAGCAAGACGAAAGAGGCCGAGUCUGUGUGGUCGGGUCUUGUUGAGUCCAAGCUUCGUCACCUCGUUGGUGCACUAGAUCGCAAGCCGAUUGUUGCAGUGGCUCACCCAUUCCCAAAGGGAUUCGAAAGAAUCCAUACCAUCCACAGCGAGCAAGAUAUGGAAGCAGUCAAAAAUGGGUCUACGCAGCACCAGGCCAAAGGCACCAAGACUGAAAUGACUGAUGAGACCAAGGAUGCUGCUCACCAAGCCGCGAUCCAGAACACCCUGGAAAACGCAGAAGUUCCAGAGCCGGCGAAGGUUGAGAUCGAGGAGAAAAUUGAUGGUCAAACCGUCUAUACAACGACUUAUUAUAUCGGCCUGGAGUUGAAACCUCUGGAGCCAGGCCAAUCGCGAUCCCUGGAUAUAUCGACCGACUCACAGAUCUUCAAAUCAACCUGCACCUCCUGGCCAGGAUACCAGGAUGAAGUUAUGGAAUUGGCCGUCACCCAUGUUCGCAACUUCGAUCUGCCCGAUGAUGUCUUCCAGCCUGGUGAGACUCGGCCGUCCCGUCCGAAGAAGAGGGUUGUCAAACGAUCGGAGACAGCCGGUCAGAAACGCAGCAUUGGCGAGUUGGACGGUUCAUCUGAAGGCGCCGCCAAACGCCAAUUUACCUCCGCGACCCCUGCUUGA